AUGUACUAUCUACGUUUGUUUUGGAGCCGCCAUCCCGUACAGGCAAAGAUCGUGGGCCAAGAAGUCUACAUAGUCCAAGGCCCCGAGAACAUCCAGCCACUGUUGCGCCAACGCGCCGUAUCACCUUUUAUCGCGCAUGCUGCUUUCCUUCACCACGUAUUCGGUCUACCUUCCUCUGCUGCAAAACUUUACCUCGAAGAUAACUCGGGCGAGUCCGCUGUCCCGGAUUCAGAUAGUCGGGUGGCCGACAAGAAUCGUGUGAACCACUUGACCCGCAAUGCGUUCAAUCGUCUUCUUAGUGGACCUGGACUCGCGCCCUUGAGCAAAAAGUUUGAGUCCAAUCUCACUGCUCGUAUUCUGAAUGCGAAUAUAGGGAGACAAUGGACGAAGUGGGAUGACUUUAUGGAUUUCUUCCAGACUGAUGUUACGUCUGCUAUCUUGGACUCGAUGAGUGGACCAUUUCUAUUGAAGAACCACCCGGGCUUUACGAAAGAUCUGUGGGCUGUUGAUCACGAAGUCACUAGUUUGAUGUUCUUGCCACGACUUUUCGCGUCCAGGGUAACUGUUGCCCGAAACAAUGGGCUAGCGUCGAUACGAUCAUGGCACUCGUGGGCACGAGCGAACUUUGAUUCUUCAUCCAUCGAUGCUGAAGGAGACGAUCCUUAUUGGGGAACGAAGUUCUUCCGAGAAAUGAAUAGCAUCUUUAGUGCAAUGGACGGUUUUGAUGAAGGGGCAAUUGCAUCUGAGAUAUUUGCUUUCCUAUGGGGUGCAAACACAAACACGGUUAUCUCAACCUUCUGGGCUUCGCUCGAAGUCUCCAAGGACCCGGAGCUUCUAGAACAAGUUCGAAGUGAGGCACAAGCCUGUAUAAUAUCACAAACGGAAUCGAGUCUUCGAUUCGACAUAGACCGCCUACUGCAACAGCCCGUUAUGCAAGCGGUAUUCAGCGAGACUCUUCGUCUACGGAUAAACGGCCUAAUGGUGCGAUAUCCUUCAAAGGGCGAUCUCGUGAUCAAAGACUGGGUUCUACCCAAGAAUAAAUUCAUUAUCAGCAGCAUGACACCCGGACAUAUGGACCCUGAUGUCUGGUGCAGUGGCUCAGCUGAAUCCCAUCCCGUAGAAGAGUUUUGGCCAGGUCGGUUCUUGCAAUCCUCUGAGCAGGGCAAAUUAUUCACGUUCUCGAUGGAUCGAGCGAAAGGCCAUUGGAUGCCUUUUGGUGGUGGUCAUUUUCCUUGUCCCGGUCGACAUCUUGCAAAGCUGACCAGUAUCUUGACCAUGGCCCUUCUUACUACGCUGUAUGACUGUGAGCCUCUUGUGGGUGAAAAGGAUAUGAAAAUGAGUUCGAGAAACUUCGGGUUUGGCGCUCUUGGUCCUGCGGGAAAGAUUCCCGUUAGAAUUCGCCGUCGGGGGGCGGAAGUCUGA